CUGUUAUAGGAUGAAACAUUUUUUGGAAAACUGUUUUCCAUUCAGCUGUACAACAGAAUUGCGUAGCUAUUAUACUGUCAAUCAUGAAGUACUUACUACCUACUUCUGGGAAGUUUGUGGUAGCUGUGAACAUUCCUGUGAGGAAGAUCUAAGAGGUGAUAGCAGUUGCUGCUCUUCACUAAGGAUGCUUACCUUUUUGGAAUCCUAUGUAGUUCAGUCUAGUUCCUCUCAGUUAGCAUGUAAAAGAGAUUGAGAACCUAUCAGGCUGAGCAGGACUCUGACUUACCAACUGAAAGGAAAAGGUAUAACAAUCUAGUACUACAGCGGGUGAUUCCCUUAAAACAGACUGCCCUUAGAAAGGAGAGGAGUGCCAUUGGUGGUAGCAACAAUGGAGUGUAGAGUCAGGGUACCAAUAUCUUCAUCACCUUAAGUAAACCUUCUCUGAACAGAUCAGUACUAUACUGUGAUGAAAAUGCUAGUGACCCUCUGUGCUGAGUUCACAUUAGUGUUUCUAGUAGUGGGAGACAGGUUGGAAUGGGGAGGAAGAAAUUUAAAAAAUGAAUGAACAAACAGAGCCCGUUUAAGUAUAUCAUAAGAUAGCAGUAAAUGGCAUAAAUGUGCUGUGCUUAACAUUUCACUUUAGAUGAAUUGCUGGAAUGGAUUUCUUCUUCAGUGAUACCUGCUCUGUGUUACACUCUGGCUGCACUUCAAGAAUCUAGUGACUGUUUUAAAAGAACCAUUCUUUUCAAGUUAUAGUAGUGAAUUUCUGUAUUGUUUUAUAAUGCUCAGAGUAUUCGAAGAAAAAAACUUUAUUGUUAGGUCACUUGUUUAUGCUCUCAAAAGGUUGUCGUCAUAAUGCUGUGGAGUACUGAUUAAGGUCAUGAUGCUGGAAUAUUGGCAGUUUUAUGUGAAAUUAUGCAUAAUGGGAGAGGAAGUGUGGUCUAGUAAAAUGGAGUGUGAGCCAAAAACAUCCAAGUUCUAAAUUUAGCUCCUUAGGUGCUAGAAAUAGGGAUAAUUGUGGGGCUGCUACAACUCCUGGCUUAAAGUGGUUUCCCUUAUGCACAAGGUUUACAAUUUGGUUCUAUGGCUUUCAAUGUCCCCACUAUAAAAUUGUCCUACCACCACUGCACAGGUCUAGCUUGACAUUGAUCAUUUAUUUAAUCAUCACAAAAAUCAACAACAUAAAUGUAUUUUAAUAAAAGUAGGAUUCAGUGUAAAAAUACAGUAUGUUCAAGCCUGAAGUUUUGAUGUUCAUUUACAAUCAAAGGAAUGUUGGGAAAUUGAUGUUUGGAAUAUUUGAUUUAGGACUUUAUCUGUUUCCAGAUGAUAGCAAAUCGUGUUUUUAUUUUAUUUCUUUUUUUUUCUUUUUGCAGUAUCCAUGGCAAGUAUUGGAGAAAAAGCUGUGUGCCUCAUUGCCUAUCACCUAUUUUUCAUGCUGUUUGUCUGGUCUUACUGGAAAACAAUCUUUACAUUACCAAUGAAUCCUUCAAAAGAAUUCCAUCUGUCAUAUGCAGACAAAGAACUGCUGGAAAGGGAGCCUAGAGGAGAAGCCCAGCAAGAAAUUUUCAGGCGAGCAGCCAAAGACCUUCCUAUCUAUACGAGAACAAUGUCUGGAGCAAUCAGAUACUGUGACAGAUGCCAACUUGUAAAACCAGACCGCUGCCAUCACUGUUCUGUGUGUGACAAAUGUAUUUUGAAAAUGGACCAUCAUUGCCCUUGGGUGAACAAUUGUGUUGGAUUCUCCAAUUACAAAUUUUUCCUUCUUUUCUUGGCUUAUUCUCUACUGUACUGCCUUUUCAUUGCUGCAACAGAUUUACAGUAUUUUAUCAAAUUCUGGACAAAUGGCCUUCCUGAUACUCAAGCCAAGUUCCAUAUCAUGUUUUUAUUUUUUGCCGCGGCUAUGUUUUCAGUCAGUUUAUCUUCUCUUUUUGGUUAUCAUUGUUGGUUAGUCAGCAAGAAUAAAUCUACAUUAGAGGCAUUCAGGGCACCUAUAUUUCGCCAUGGAACAGACAAGAAUGGUUUUAGCUUGGGCUUCAGCAAAAAUCUAAGACAAGUAUUUGGUGAUGAAAAGAAAUUUUGGCUGCUGCCUGUAUUUUCAAGUCUAGGAGAUGGUUGCUCCUUCCCAACUUGUCUUGUUAACCAAGAUCCUGAACAAGUUUCCACACCUGUUGGACUUAAUUCAACAACCAAAAAUGAGAAUCACCUUUUUCCUGCAAAGACAUUACGAGAUUCCCAGAGCCACCUUCUUACUGAUACUCAGUCUUGGACGGAAAGUAGUGCAAAUAAUGAAAAUGGCAAAGUUGUCCCCAAAGGUAUGAGCAAUCCUGCACUAAUCAUGGAAAAUGAAACCUAGUCGCUGUUAAUGGAAGCAUCUAAACAUUAAAGGAAAGUUCAAGAUAAAGCUGCUGAUGGAAAGAAGAGACAUUCUUCCAAAAAUCAGCCCACAUCAGCCAGCUGUUCCUGAGUGGAUAUGCUCAGAAGAAAUGGACAGCUUGAUUAGCUGUUGCCAUAUCAUUGCUUGAAACAUCAGACAUACUGACAUUUUUGAACUAUAUAGAGAAUGUUUCAACAUACACAAAUUACUGUUAAAAUGCUAAAGGACAGUUCCGAGUAUUAUGAGGGAACAAGGGAGAAUCCUUUCAUUAGGGUUAGCAGGAUAAAAUUUACUUUUGUACACAUUCUAGGGGCUUGUUUUUACUUUGGUAUUCUAAUAGCACAAGCAGAUGUAAACUUAAAUAGACAUAGCCAGCCCACUACAUCAGUUUUGAUUCUUGAUAUUACUUAUGAAUUCCAGUGGCCAUAAGUUAUUUUAAAACAAAUUGUACAUUUUGCACUGCUGGCUUUCUUCUUGCAAAAGUAUUGUCAGCAUUGGGUGUUGGUAACUGAGUGGCUUACUGAUUGAUCAGGCAUCGUAUUUUGAUUCCAGAUUCUGACUGAGACAGCUAAUUUUUUAUUUAAAAUUAACCUAAUGAAUUAGGUUGGAUCAUCUUAAGCUGUUUUGGUAGACCUGAUUGCAGAUAAUAUCCCCUCUUCCUUUAUACAGCUAUAACUGUUGGAUUGUAAACACUUGAUUGCUGAAAUAACAUCUCACCUAACUGGAUUGUGUGCUUACAGUUCAAGCUAAUUAUAAUUUUAGUAGAGUAGCAAGAAGAGGCACAUAUUUAAGAUGGACUGUGUGUAAAUGGAGAUGUUUAGACCAGGGUUUUUUUCAGUUAGAGCUGCACAGGCUGAUUUCUGUGAAAUUGUGACAUAGCAUCUUAAGUUUGGACCAGCACCUCUUUAGAAAGCCAAAAUGUGUGCAUGGACUUAAUGUUACUUAGAAACAUUUGGACCAAAAAAAGCUUAAUCUAAAUUGUGGACUUUGAGAAGCACAUGGCCCAGGCACAUAAUAUGCUUCUCCUGACUUGGUGAUCAUUACAGACUUAUUAUUGAACGUAAGCUAUUUCUUUUCUCAGUUGUACUUAAUAAUCUUAAAAUGUUGCAACAGAAUGAUGUAUGUACGAAGAGACUACUUCAUUGUCAUAACAUGUAGUAUCUUUUCUGUUACUGGGACAUUGGACAUCUAUCUGAUCACUCAGAUCAAAAACCCAAACUGUUUCCUGUAGAAAACCUUUUACAGUGAAAGUAGGAAGGAGAUGUCUACAUAUUAAGGCAGAUGUUGGUUUUCAUAGGAUCAAAGUUUACCAGUCUGAUUUUUAAAAAAAGGUGUAUUGCUACUUUCUGAAACCAAGAAAGUUUCAGCAACACAAAUCUUACUAUAUAUAUCUUGUGCCUUUAUAUGCACUACACUUAACUGUAUUACAAAAUGUUUACAUAAAAUACAAAAUUAAUUGCAAAACAGUUUUAAAAAUACUUUCUAGUGGGCUAGCUAGAAAAAAUAGGUUGGAUCACGGGAUCAUAUGAAAUAAAGAUAAAAUACAGGAUAAGAGUUAAUCUCAGUUUUUUUUCCUGUAUUUGUAAUAGCAGGAAAGUAAACCUUUAAAAAAAAAAGAAAUGUUUAGAACACAGAAGAACUUAGAAUGAAUUACCAUUAAUAGGAUUUUUGUUUCUAAUACUAUUUCCAGAAAAACAGUAUUUAUUAACUCUUUUACAAGUAAUUCUGGAUCAUUAGUUCAGAAUUGUUGUUCUGGGAUUGUGUGGGGAUUUUUUUAAACCAAUUAACACUUUUAGAUGAGAAUUUUGAUGAGAUGGACCAAUGUUUCUGUGGGGAAAUGUUCAAUAAGGUAUGGUUUUAAUUUUUUUUUUUAUUAUGAAUGAGUUUUUCCUGAAAUUUUACUCAUCUGAAGACAUGUAAUAAACUGCAUUACCAGAAGUGCCAGCAUAUGAUCUCUAGCUGUGAAAGAUUUUUAAACUAGCUUUUGAGGGUAACAAACACAUUGUUUACAUGAUACGUGUAGACAUUUUGCAGCCAGGACUUCUGUAGCAUACUGCCUGUUUCCACAGUGUUACUCUGUCAGGAGUUUACUUUGUAUCAGUGUUUAUUUAAAAGUUGUUAACUGUCAACAUGAUCAUAGAGAUAGGAUGGAAAAAAGAACUAAAUAUCUUUAAUUCUUCAUGCUUUCAUAAUGUGUUAAGUAAUCAGCUGCAGUGUUGUCUGUCAAUCACAUGUAUUAAAUAUAUUUAUACACAGAAAUGAAGUGACAACCAAAUUCCUAAAUAUUAGCUUUAAUGUAACGUGCCUAAUAUUUGACUACCACAUACCAGUAAAUAUUAUUUAAUAUAAAGUAUCUUUGGAGUAAAAUUCAUACUAGAAAGGGAUCUGUCUAAAUUUGGAUUUCAUUUCUCCUUUAACCUAUAAGAAGAGUUCUUGGUGGUUUUAGGAUUUGCCCGGGGGCAGGAUGCAGAAUGUGGGUAGCUUUUUUUUUUUGGUGGAUUGGGAAUGCACUUCAGCCCUUCUCCAGCCUUGCAGAAAUAAGGGAUAUAAUAAUCUGAGGGAUUCCCAAGAGCUCCUGUGACCAGGAAUAGUCUCUGGGGUAGGGCUAUCACUGGGAGGGAGAGAGGGGGGGCAGCAGCCUCCAUGUGUUUAAUAUGGUGGUUGUGUGAGAUUACUAGGGCCUGUUUUGUGUGCAGAAGCAAGGCCCCAUGGCUCUGCUAGAAUGAUCUGAGGGGGGGGGUCAUCAUGGCAUUUAUCACAACCACUGAUUAUAUUGUUAAAUAGAGCUAUCUGGGCCCUUGUUAAAUUUUUGAUUUGUAUUUGAUGAGCACUUUGAAAGCUUUAUACAGAGGAGGGGGGAAAAUAGCUUUUCAAAACCCUGUGGUUCAGGUGUUGUUACAAUGCAAAUAUAAGAUUAUUUUGGGGGGAAAAUAUAACUCUGGAAUAAGAUUGUAAUAAUGAAUUGUCAGAGUGCACUGAGUUUUGUUCAGUACAAAAUUGCUGACUACUUGGGCUGUACUCUAAAAUAUGAAACAUGCAUUUUUUUAAAAUGCAAGAGCACAAUAUUUAUUGUACCAACCACUGCCUAUUUCCUGCUAAUCAUGGCCCUGAGCUUGAGAUGCACAGACAUACCCCUGCACCCAGCGGACAGUGGGAUUCUGGAUAGGAUUAAGUCCCCUAAUUUGGUCCAAAAUCUAUUAUAAUCCAAAUAAAUCCCCCCCCCAAAUUAUGAAUUAAUUAGUGAAAUCUCAAGUCUAUUAACAAAAAUAAUUCACUUAAAGAUUACUAUACAGCUACUGGUGCACAGAGUCUGAACCCAUUUUAUUGUCAUUUUAAAAUCUCUUCCUAGAGCAAUGGAAGUGUGUCUUUAUUUGGCAAAUUGAAAGCAAGUGAACUACUCAUCAAAUCAUUUUGCAAUUGUAAAUCAGGUGCAGCAAGAUUAACACCCAUUUACAAUUUUUAUUCAGACAUGUUUAUGGAGCUAAGAGCUAUACACUAAGUGGCUAAUACUGUCAAUUGUUCAACUAAAGAAAUAUUCAAUUAAUGCACUAAAAUUGAUAGUUUAGGUGUUAAAAAAACUAGUCAUGCUUCUAAUAUGAAUACAGCAGUAGCUUUUAAAGUCUUUUUCCUGAAGUUUAGCCAGACAAAAAUCAAGCACAGAAGAUCAGCAAGGUAUUUACAACUUUGGAAGGAUAGGGUAAAUGAAGCACAUGGUAUAUUUCUAUCAGGAUGUGUUUUAAUACAUGGCACUACUUAAUAGAGAACAGUAUUUUGAAGGACUGUCUUUUACUCCAUAAUAUGUUCAAGACAGCAAUAAACUUCUCUGUGUUGCUUUAAAAUCUGUAAUUUUGUAUUCAACUUAACUCAGCUAGGGUAUUAAGCUAGUCCCACUAUCUUAGGAUACUUCUGUGGGCCAACUACCCACAUGAGAGCAAACCAUUGUUGCACAAACUGUAAUCGGCAUUAGGCACACAACCAGAAUUUUGGCAGAUAUUGUAAAUGAAAGCUCUUCCAG